AACAGAAAAAAAAAGAUAAAAUUCAUUGCGUGGAGAGGAAGCAGCAAACCAAUCGUUAGGCUUACGCAUGCGGGGAAAUUUUCUCAGUUCUGUGGGCUGGGACAACUACUACUGUUCGUAUGCUUUUCCCCGUCCAAGCCUUUUCGUAUUUCGCCUAAGUUUGGAAGUUGUGCUGAGUUGUGCGGACGGCGACGAUGGUCAACGAAAAUCAACAGCUCUGAGGAACGCAUCCUCUAGUUCCGUAUAUCCGAGCAUCAAUUCCUUCCGUCGAGGUGAAUAUCUGUUUCUUUGUGAAAACUGCAGGAAGCCAAAACUCAACAGAUGUUGUUCCAGAUGCCUCAAAGUCUGCUGCUUCCAACGUAUAAUAUGAUGGCGGAAGCCGAGCCGGAUUUAAGUACAUUCGAGAACAAAUCGGGCUUAGCUGAGGACAUGAAGUUCUUGGCUUCAAUGCCCGAACUGUGCGACGUGACUUUCUUGGUGGGCGACACCCGUGAACCCGUCUGCGCCGUGAAAGCAGUCCUCGCUGCCAGAUCUCGGGUGUUCCACAAAAUGCUGUAUCAAGCUCCGAGUCCUCAGCGGAAAAAAGAGCCUCCGCCUCGCGAAAACAAGUUACGGAUUUUCUUGAAACGCUCCUCAGAGCCCUUACUGAACCUACAAAACUCUUCGCAACAGAGAGGCUACACCCAGCAGUUGGCUCCUAUCCAAGAGCCUCAAUCUCAACAGCACCAAACGUUAAUCAUCGAGGAAUUUGAACCAGAUGUUUUCAGACAGCUCAUUGAGUACAUCCACACGGGAUGCGUUACCUUGCAGCCAAGAACUCUAUUGGGUGUCAUGAACGCAGCCGAUUAUUACGGUCUCGAUGAGCUCAGAAGAGCUUGCGCAGGUUUCGUGCAAUGCUGCAUCAAUGUGGACACGGUUUGCGCCCUUUUGGCUUCAGCCGAAAGGUACAUCCAAUACAAGUGCACCAAAUCUUUAGUCCAGAAGGUUUUAGAAUUCGUCGAUGAACAUGGAAAUGAAGUUUUGAAUUUGGGAUCGUUCACGUUGCUUCCGCAACAUGUGGUAAGGUUGAUUUUGGUUAGAGACGAAUUGCAGGCAGACGAAUUCACCAAGUUUCAAGCUGCUUUAAUGUGGGGAAAGAAAUAUUGCGAUAGCAAUCCGAAUACGAAUUUGAAGGAUGUGAUUGGUAACUUCUUGGAGUACAUCCAGUUCCAUAAGAUUCCAGCCAAUGUGCUGAUGAGGGAGAUACAUCCUUUGGGAUUGGUGCCGUACAGCAUAAUAAUGAACGCGUUGGCAUAUCAGGCAGACCCGGCAAGCGUCGACCCCGGAAAGUUGUCCCCGAAUCGAGUGAGGAGACACGCUCAGGGAAGGUCCAUGUCUGUGCAGAGUUCGUUGGAUCCGUACGGAUCCAACACGACGUUGAGCUCUAGCGGUUCCAGCGAACUCGCUUCUUCCGACGGCAAGCACUCCACCUCCAACUAACAUAAGGCCACUGGCGCGCCGCAACCUCAACCUCUUCAACAACACCAUUCGGCCCCACCGACGACCCAUUCCUCACCUGCCCAUUCCUUCACCUUCACCAUCGUUCUCAAGAAAACCACACCAUCCGUACACAACCUUCAUCAUUAAACAACUCAACAUAAACUUCAUUGAAUAACUCACAUCAUCAUCAUCAAACAAUAACCAAAAAUACAAUCACUCAAGCAAUAUUUUCAUGCAGUAAUAAAAGGUUCUAGCCGAACGGAGACACAAAAGUGUUCUGAAAAAAGAAGAUAAUAAAAAUAAAUCUAAAUUAUUUAUAAAAAAAA